AUGAUCGGUCGUCGUCGAAGCGGCGGACUUGCAGUUCGAUCAAUCGCAUCUCGUUCGAUUGCAGCACGUUCACCAACACUGACAGCGUCUCGUCGAGUCACUUCGUCUAGAGGACCAUUGCCAAGCUUAGCUGAGCCACUGCCAUCGCCGUUGACAACUGGAAGACACUCAACACUCGGACAUUCUGGAUGUCCCGCAUUGACGAAAGCGACUUCUGCGAAUGUCUCACGCGUCCCUAUUGCGUCUCGUCCUUCUUCAACGUCUAGCAGACCGCCGUCCACAUCUUCCGUCCGGUCUGUCACAUCGCAACGCUCAACUUUCGUCGCCAACAAGACAAUCGCUGCACCUGCUCGAGUUAGGCCAGUGGGGCGAGCAUCCGUUCCUGUUAUUUCUCGUCAACCAUCACAAGUCGAUGUUCUCAAAGCAAAAGUCGCAGCGAUGGAAAAGGAUAUUGUGGAGAAGGACGAACGGUUGCAAAUGGCGAAUGAUACAGCGGAAAUGCAGAAGGAAAGCAUAGAAAUGUACAAAGAGCGGCUAGAAGUGAUGAGCACGAAAGUGGACGCGCUGAACGUGCAAGUGGACGUGCUGAAGACGGAGAGUAGUCAUCUGAAGGCAGAAGACGAACAGAAAGAGGUGCGAAUCGGAGAAUUGACGAGCCAGUUGAACGAGAAGGAGAGUAUCAUGCGAAAGCUGCACAACGAUGUCAUUGACUUGCGAGGCCAGAUUCGUGUAGUUGUUCGUGUGCGUCCGAUGCUUAGAUCUGAAGUCGAGACGAGUGUUUCCGCUAUCGAAUACCCGACAAUCAAUUCCAUCAUUGUUAAUCAAGGAUCGAAAUCGUCUGGAGCAAUGACGUUUGAAAAAGUGUUUACACCUAUCUUCACUCAAAGUCAAGUGUUCUGUGAAAUCGAGGAUUUCAUUCUGUCCGCUCUCCAUGGCUACAAUGUCGGUUUGAUUGCUUUCGGGCAGACAGGAAGCGGCAAAACUCAUACGAUGAGAGGAGGAGAUGGCGAAAAUGAAGGGAUCAUUCCAAGAGCUGCCUCGUUUUUGUUCAGCGCAUCAAAGCAGCUAGAAGCGACUGGAUGGCAAUUUCAGUUUUCGCUAUCUUUCCUGGAAAUCUACAACAACGAAGCCUAUGACCUUCUAAAUAAUCACAACGUUGUCAAAUUGCGUCUCGUCAAAGAAACCGUGUCAGUAGUAUACAAAUGGUUGACGCUGGACGGUCAUUUUGCCCAAAUGACGUUUUCUGCACUUUUCAGCUAUUUUAACGCUUAUUUUCAUCAGAAAAGUGCCUAA